CCCAACAUCACAUCAUACAGGGCAUCAACACCUAAACGUUGCCCACCAUGUCCAACAACGAAGAUCCACAAGAGCGCCCAGCCGAGAUACACCAGAUAAUAAAUGGCCUCGAGCGAUACAACCCAGAGGCAGUCGGCCCUCUCGAGGCAUACCUCCAGCAGCAAUGCGAGCAGAGGUACUGCGAUGGCAACGCAAACAGGGUCCUCCUGAAGCUCUACCAGCUCAACCCCGACCGCAUCAAGGACGAGGUCAUCACCAACAUCCUCGUCAAGGCCAUGACUACCUUCCCCUCCCCGCAGUUCGACCUUGCUCUCCACCUCCUUUCACCCUCCUCCCUCGCCAGCGGCUCCGAGCUUGCUGAGGCCGUCUCAAAGCUCCGUGCCCUCAACGCUCAUCUUGAGGGCGCUUCAUUCGCCCGGUUCUGGGCUACUCUGGACUCCGACGAUCUCUAUGCCGACCUGACCACCGACAUCGACGGCUUCGAGGAAACCAUCCGGGUGCGCAUCGCACAACUCGUGUCGGAAGCCUUUAGGGAGGUGCAGACCGUUCCCGUGCUGGGUGAUUGGCUUGGACUGGAGGGCAAGGAGGCUGUUGAGAAGUUCGUGGUUGAGACCUGCGGCUGGAAGGUGGACGGAGACAAGGUAGUGGUGCCCAAGAAUGCAGACAACGAGGCCAAGAAGGCCGAGAUCCGCGAGGAUGUCAACGUGGAGAUGUUCGCGCGGGUCAUCCGCCGGUCCUGGGAGGAAGCUGCAUAGGGUUUCUGUCGGAUUUCCGCUAUGACCGUCGCUGGAGGACGAGAAACAGGUCCGGGUGCAAGCAGGACAGAGAGUGUGAGAAAACAGGAGCAGAAGCAACGAAGCUAUGCUUAGGCAGUGGAGGCAAUGGGGAGGGUUUGUGUCCACACAACCGCGCUUGAGGGACUGCAUUUGGCGGUAAUUGGCGUUCGGGGUUGAUUGGGUUUUUCUCCCGGACCAGACGUGGUCCGAAGCUGCGUGACCACGUCUCUUUUUCAGAGCAGGGCGUUCAAUGCCGAUCUGGAAAGAUAAAAAUAAAAGCAGGAAAUACAAGUCCACCUCCAUCC